UCGCAAAACCGCAGCUCGCAUCUCUCUCUCCCCUCUCCCCAUGGCCGCGGCGGCGCCGGAGGCUGCGGCAGACGUUGCGCCGUCGGCGACGCUGAGCGUCUACAAGGCGGCACGGCGCAUCAAGCGGCGGGCGAGCACGCUGUACAACGCGCUGCGGAGCGUGGCGGAGGACGCGGCCUUCGUAGCGGAGGUCGCGGCGCUGUGGCCCUCGCUGCCGCUGGUGGCCAACCUCCGCUGCGGCCUCUGGUACGCCCCGCCCCGUGCCUUCGCCGCCACCUGCUACUUCAAGUCCACGGAUGGCCACGCCGGGAACUGGUCCUUCUCCACUGCCCGCCUCAACCUCCACCUCGCCCUCCUCGCUGGGGAGAGAGGAGGGUGCAUAAUAGUUGAUUCAACAAGGAGAGGGAAACGAUUCCCUGAUAGCAUGUCAAAGACCAUACCCAUUUGGUGCUCUGUCCUGAACCGAGCAAUUGAGAGGCACCGGCUGCGUGCUCUCCGCAAAAGCGUCGAAGUGAAUUAUCAAGUGUCAUCUACUCUGCUGAAUGGAGAUGCUGAAAAUAACUCUGAUUUAUCUAAUUGGGAUAGCUCGGUGCACCUUCCUGUAUGGGUUCUAGGCACUGAGAAAAAUGCUAUAGAGGGGCGUAUUGAUGAAUGGACAGACCAAUUUGAAUCGUGUGGUGCAGAUAUUAAUUCUCUUGCAAUAGGUUUGCAAAAACCACUACGUCCUCUAUGGAUCUCACAAAGGACACGUAUAUGGUUAAAUGAAGUGCCGGAACUUGAGUCAUGGGAUUUUACUCCUAUUAUUCUAAUUUCCACAUCUGCAUCUGAAGCAGUUGCUACACAAAGGAUGUCUUCAGAAUUCAGCUGGCACUAUAUUCCUGGAGCAGGAGACGAUGAAGAGAGUUGGGCACGUGGUCUAACUCCUACCUUAUUCUGGAAGCAUUCAUAUGACCUUCUUGAUGCUGGACCAGAUCAUUGUAACCAGUUAGUUGCAGAUAUUGUUGAAAAAGAUAGGGUUUAUCGUUCACAGAGAGGUGAACAUUGUCCUCAAAUUACAUCUAAGUCUCUGAAGAGCCUUGAUGCUGCAAAAUGUAAUGAUGAUCAGACAAGCGAGACGUGGGCUAUGAACUUAGAUCCUUGUACCAGUACAAUGGAUGCACAAUGUUCUAAUAGUGGUCUUCCACUCUUUUGGAUUGGAACAUCAAACCUUGCUGUAUCAUCUACUUUCCAAGUUGGAGAUGCCUUAGUUGGUGUGGACUGCAUACUGAACUGUGACAGCACGUCAAAGCUACCUUCUAAUUCAUCAGAAAAUUCUUACCUUGAGCUAUCUAUUGUGGGCUCAAAGGAUGACCGAUUUUCAUUGAUGAGAAACCUUCCAAAAGCAGUUGACUUUGCUAAGAGGAAUUUGAUUGCUGGGAGAAAAAUCCUUGUGUGCUGUCAAAAUGGAGAAGAUAUAAGUAUUUGUGUGGCCUUGGCAAUAUUGGCCUUGUUAUUCGAUGAUAACGGAUGCUUUGACUAUGGAAAUUAUUUUGUCAAAAGAGAUGUCACAAAGUUGGAGAUGAGGAAGAGGCUGGUAUUCAUCUGCAAAUUUGCUGUAAAUGCACGGCCAUCUAGAGGAAACUUGAAACAGGUGUAUGGCUUCCUCAGCAGUCAAAAGGAACAGCUGUUAUGUUUGACAUAGCUUGGUCUUGUUUGACGUAGAUGAGUUGGUGCAUUAAGAUCAUGCCCAGAGGUUCUCAUUGGAGUUGCCAUCAUGGCAAUGAUCUCAUUCUGGGAUCAACGUCUCAAGUCGAGGUUAAUCAAAGACAAGCUUCGGUAGAGUGCAAUACAAAGACAAGAUUGCUUGGAUAACCUAGGGAUGAUUCGAGUAUUAUGAAUCUGCGACAACAGAUAGAAGAAACUAAGUUAAGGACAUGAUUCUUUUGAUGGUGGCUGCCAGAUUGGAAAAUCAUUAGUGCUUAAGAGAAUCAUGUUCAGUAACAUUUUCAUUAGUACUUGAGAUAGAAGGAAAGUAUUUAAAAAGAUUUAUCUGAGGAAAAUAACAGUGAGAAGUUAUCUUCUUGAUUUUGCUGUA